AUGGACGCACGUCGCGGACGAGGUCGUGGUAGACCACCGACGCGAGGUAAAGGGCACCUUGUUCCUACUCCCGAGGUACAGGCGACAGAUACAGGAGAUGAGAGACAGUCAGGGCCUCCGGACAUGCAGGAGACAUUGACAGGUUUUCUACAGACCAUAGACGUACUGACGGCAUCUCAGUUACGUCAGGAGCGCAGUCAUGAUGGUAGGACCGCUACGGCCCAAGCGUCACAUUCAGGUACUCUAAGAGCAGGAGAUAGUUCUGGUGCUGCAUUGCUUAAAGAUUUUAAGGCCCUACGUCCACCAGAGUUUAGUGGAGGCGCCGACAUGGUAGAGGCCGAGGAUUGGCUACUAGCUGUGGAGAAGCAUUUGCGAUCUAUAAGCUGUGCAAAGGCCCAUAGGGUUCGACUGGGGACCUUUCUGUUGCGGGGUGACGCCGAGCGAUGGUGGAAGACCACCAGACAGCAAUAUGGUGAUGGGGGCCCGACAUGGACACAGUUUGUCGCGGCGUUCAAUGAAACUUAUGUACAGGCUUGGGUUAGAGAGCGGAAGAUGUUCGAGUUUAUUGAUUUACAACAGGGGAGCAAGACAGUUACACAGUACGAGACUGAGUUCGUAGCAUUAUCUCGUUAUGCUCCAGAGUUAGUGACCCCUGAGUCUCGCAGAGUCAGCAAGUUUCAGAGGGGAUUGCGACCAGAGAUUCGCCACGCCAUGGCUGGUAUCGAGGCACCCGACUUUCCUACAGCUGUACAGCGGGCCCACGUAAUGGAGAGGGACCGAUUAGAGGCUCGAUCAGAUCAGUCAGUCAUGAAGGACGCAGGGAGUAGCAGUAAGAAGAGAAUGGGAUGCGGGUCAGUGCCAGGAUGUAUGUCGGGACGUGUGUUAUCACUGUGGUCAACCGGGACAUUUGAAGAGAGACUGUCCACAAGGGCCUAG